GCCGUCUGCAACUGUUUGCCGAGAUACACUGGGGAUGGGAAGGUCUGCACGCUCAUCAACACCUGCUUAAAUAGAAACGGUGGCUGUAGUGCAUUUGCCAUCUGCAACCACACGGGAGAAGAAGAGAGGACCUGUACUUGCAAGCCGAACUACAUUGGGGACGGGUUCACCUGCCGCGGCAACAUCCAUCAGGAGCUUCCCAGGAACCCCAAAACUUCCCAGUAUUUCUUCCAGCUGCUGGAGCACUCUGUGCGAGACCUGGCUGGUCCAGGCCCCUUCACCGUUUUUGCACCUUUGUCAACAGCCUUUGACGAGGAACCUCGGAUUAAAGACUGGGACAGACAGGGCCUCAUGCCCCAGGUUCUUCGGUAUCAUGUGGUCGCCUGCCACCAGCUGCUCCUAGAAAACCUGAAAUUGACCCCAAAUGUUACUUCUCUGCAAGGGGAGUCCAUUGUCAUCUCCGUCUCUCAG